AUGAUUGGCGCGAAUCUUCCAUAUGCAGCAGAUGCAGAGAGUCCUUUGAAACCAGCCGAGCUUCAAGUGCUCCGGUCGCAAUACGAGAAAGAAGGCGAAUAUGUGUCACUGCAGACCAAAUUCAAUUUCGCUUGGGGUCUGAUCAAAUCCACGACCCGCGAAGACCAGCAAGAAGGGGUUCGCCUCCUCAGCGACAUCUUCCGGCAAAGUCCUGACCGUCGGCGAGAAUGUCUCUAUUAUCUCGCCCUUGGAAACUACAAACUUGGCAACUAUGCUGAAGCCAGGAGGUACAACGACAAUCUCUUGGAUCUGGAAUCGGGAAAUCUGCAAGCUCAGAGUUUGCGGCAAUUGAUCGACGACAAAGUCAACAAAGAAGGCAUGAUGGGCGUUGCGAUCGUUGGUGGUCUGGCCGUAGCCGCGGCCGCUGCUGCAGGUAUGAUCUUCAAGCAAGCCCAACGGAGACGCUGA